AUGGUUCGUACUUAUCAAAGAAAAACCGAUAAGCCUUCUUGGUCUAGAGAAACUUUAUGUCAGGCAAUUGACGCUGUCAGAUCAGGCCUAUCCGGAUAUGAAGCAGCGAAAACUUAUGAUAUACCUCGUAAAACAAUCAUGGACCACGUGACGGGUCGAAGGGGCCAAAAAUCAUCAACACAAGGUAGACCACCAGCCUUGUCAGCUGAAAUUGAAAUAGAGUUAGCUAACUGUCUACAUAUUAUGGAAAGGCAUGGCUUUGGGUUAAGUCGGAAAGAGGUAAUAGAACUGGUUGGCGAGUACGUUAAAAAAAAUAACAUAAAUACACCAUUUACCAAUGGCAUCCCUGGAAACGAUUGGUUUUCUAAUUUUAUGAAACGACAUAGGUUGUCAAUAAAAAAACCUCAAGCAGUUGAGAUAGCCCGUAAAAAAGCGGCUGACCCUUUCAUUAUACAAGAAUUUUACGACAUUGUCGAAAAAGUUAUUAAAGAGCUAGGGCUUGAAAAUAAGCCAGAGAGAAUAUAUAAUAUUGACGAAACAAGCUACUGCAGCGACCCUCAAAAAACCAAAGUGGUCGGCUUAAAGGGAUAUCCUUCAACUAGAAUAACAUCAUCAGCUGGUAAAGUAAACACAACCGUCUUGGUUGCCAGCAAUGCAGCUGGAGGCAAAGGGCCUCCAUUUAUAAUUUUCAAAGGUAAGCAUGUGUGGAGUGGAUGGACAUCUGAGGAAGCAUAUCCUGGCACUUUAUACAGUGCGACAUCCAAUGGUUGGAUUGAAUCCGAAGUUUUUGCAGAGUUUAUGGCAAAAAGUUUCAUUCCCAUGGUCAAAGAUGAGAAAGAGCCAACCCUCCUAAUUUAUGAUGGUCAUAGCACGCACGUGCAACUGGCUGUGGUCAAAAUGGCGAAACAAAAUAAUAUCACCAUUAUUAAAUUGCCACCACACACAAGUCACCUUCUUCAACCACUUGAUCUAUGCGUAUUCAAACCUUAUAAAGACGCUUGGGAUCAGGAAAUGGUUAAAUGGCAACGCACACAUAAGGGCGAAAAGUUACCUAAGGAUCAGUUUUCAGCGAUAGUGGGAAGAGUUUGGAAAAAUCUUAAUUCCAAUGUUAUAAAAAAAGGGUUCGAAAAAAGCGGAAUUUAUCCAUUUAACAGAAAAGCUGUAACGGAAUAUAAACUAGACCCAGAAGCCCUAAAACGAUGGAAAAAACACCAUGAAACCUUAUCGAAAAAACAAACACUCGCUCGUAGUUCACCAUUAACCUUAACCAAAUUAUGCCUGAAUAAAAUUAACUCUUGUAUUAAAUUAAACUCGAAUCCAGUCACCAUUUUGCCAAAAAUCGUUAGUUCAAAAUCUUCUGAGAAAAUAUCUUUUGAAGAUUUAUUAAUACAAUCUACCAAACAAUCGCAAACUGCCAAUGUCAAGAAAAAGAUAGUAAAAAUUUCCGCAAGUGCAGAGGUGAUAACGCAUCAGGACGUCAUUGAAAGAUUGAAACAGAAGGAAGACGAUAAAGCCAAAAAAGAACAAGAAAAAGAUGAAAAACGAAAGCAACGAGAGCAACGAGACCAAAAAAAGAAAAUUAUAAUAAGUAAACAAAAUGAGAAAAUUGAUAAAGUAAAAGUAAAGAAAAUUGACGAAAAGAGUAAAAAUAUAAGACUGACAAAAAACAAACAAUCGCAUGUUACUGACCCACCAAGCUCGGAAGUAACUCUUUCUGAAAUAAUAUCACCUAAUUCAGACUUGAACGUCCGUGACCCAAUUCAUUUUUUACAAGACGAUUCUUCAAUACUUAAUUGCCAUGCAAGCACCUCAAAAUUACCACCGCCACUGACUUCAAAAACAAAAAUUGCUAUUUUAGAAGACAGAUAUUUAAAAGUUGAUGAAAAACUGACCAAAGAUAUUUUUACAGGACAUAAAAUGAAACGACCAGCAGACUUUACUUUACAGGGCACUGAUGAAAUACAUACUUCAAAACAAAUUAAAUAUGAAAAACAAAACAAUCCCAUCAAAAUAAAAACGAAAAAAAAGCAAAAUAAAAUUAAGAUAGAAGAAGAUUUAGAAGAAGACAGUGACUUUACGAUUCAUGAUUCAGAUGGUUCAGAUAUGGACCUAGAAAGUUACUGUAAUAUUUACCUAACAGAAUAUAAAUCAGAUGAUGAAGAAAACGUAUAUACGGAUUUUGGACUCACCGAUAUCGAGUAUUAUGAAAAUACAUCAAACAAAUUAAAGAAAGGUGAUUGGGUUCUAGUCAAGUUUUUGUCAAAAAAAAGUGUAAAACAUUAUGUAGGGCAAAUUAUUAAUAUUAAUGAUGACAUUCCAGUGAUAAAAUACGUACGAAAAACUCAAACAAAACAAAGAGGUUUGCUUUUUGUCUAUCCUAAUGUGGACGACAUAUGUGAGUUGAAACAUGUUGCAGAUAUUGUGUCAGUUUUGCCGAAACCCACAAUAACACGUCGUGGCCAAAUAUCCUUCAGUAUUAAUAUCGGUAAAUUUAAUUUACAGUAA